AUGGUUCUCCUGAGGAACAUCUCCAUCGCCCUCACCGCCGCCGUGGCCGCGCUCGGGUCCUCGCUCUUCAUCGCGCUCAACUACUUCUACAGGAGGAAGAUAUGGAGUCAUCAUCACAAGGACUAUACAGCCAUCACUGAGGAGGUGGAGGAGCGCGGGAAGCGUCAGGUCCUGGUCCUCGGUCUGGACGGAGCCGGGAAGAGCAGCAUGCUGCAGGGUCUGACCCCCGGGCCGCCAGGGGGGGGGCGAGGCCGCUGCCGGCCCACCCGCGGCUUCAACUUCAUGAGCCUCAACGCCCCGGCCUGUCAGCUGGACUUCCUGGAGAUCGGCGGGGGGGAGGACCUGCGGCGGUACUGGUCCGAGUACCUGAGGAAGACUCACGUUCUGGUGUAUGUGGUCGACUCGUCCGACCGGAAGCGCCUCCCACUGGCCAAGGCUGAGCUGCACCGCCUCCUGAAGGCGGAGCCUCAGCUGCCCGUGGUCGUCCUGGGAAACAAGCAGGAUAAACCCGAUGCCGUGGACGUGUCGGAGCUGCACGACGCCUUGUCUCUCGGCUCCGGGACCGAGGACAGGAAGCUCCUCCUCCUGGCCGUCCAGCUGGACUCAGAGGAGGCCCGGAGGAACUCCUGCUGCGGCCUGGACUCCUUCCAGGACCUCCUGCUCCAGCUCGUCUAA